AUGAGUGGUGCUAUGCUGACCACAUUUACAAUCAUUGUGUACAUGGAAAUUGUUAUUGGAUAUAUUGGAAAUGGAUUUAUAUCACUGGUGAACUUCUUGGUCUGGGUCAGGACAAGAAAAAUCUCUUUAUUUGAUCAAGUUCUCACUGCUUUGGCAACCUGCAGAAUUGCUCUGCUUUGUGUAUUACUGAUACUUCUGUUGAUAUCUACACAGUUCCCAGAUUUGUUGCUAACCAUAAAAGCUGUUAGAAUAAGUAAUAUUAUCUGGACAAUAAUCAAUCAUUUUAACAUUUGGAUGUCUACAAUCCUCAGCAUCUUUUAUUUUCUCAAAAUAGCUAAUUUUUCUCACUCCAUUUUUCUUUAUCUAAAAUGGAGACUUACAAAGGUAGUGUUGUGUACACUUCUGGUCUCUCUAUUCUCUUUGUUGUUAAAUAUUAUAGUUUUAAACAUAUAUGCUGAUGUCUGGAAUGAUGGAUCUAUAAGAAAUAUAUCUUCCACUUCAAAUUGGAGAAACUUUACACAGGUUUACAAACAUUAUAUUUUCAUCAACUCCAUGUUCACACUUAUACCCUUUACAGUGUCCCUGAUGACAUUCCUCCUGCUCAUCUUCUCCCUGUGGAAACAUCUAAAAAGGAUGCAGCACAAUUUCAGAGGGUCCAGAGAUGUCAGCACCACAGCCCACAUAAAAGCCUUGCAAACUGGAGUUGCCUUUCUAGUACUAUAUGCUAUUUUUUUAUUCUCUGUUUUUGUGCAGGCUUUGAGCUUUGAACUGCUUGAUGAAGACCUGAUCAUUUUUUGGGAUCAGGCUACUGCAAUUGCUUUUCCUUCGGGGCAUUCAUGUGUCCUGAUUCUGGGAAGCAGUAAGUUGAAACAGGCCUCUGUUUCGGUAUGGAGAUGGCUAAAAUGCAGGUUCAAAGACACAGAACCAAGGGAUUCUUAA